GGACGCGCGCCACCGCCGAGCCGGGCGCGCUCUUCCCGGGCCCAGCCACGACAUGGCCACCGCCGUCCUAAGGAGAGCGGCCUCCGCCGUGGGCCCGCUGCUGCAGCUGGGGCGCCGCCCGCUGUCCGCGCUCGCCCCGGGCCCCCCGCGCGCCGGCCCUGCCGCCCGCGCGCCGCCCAGCCUGGUCGCCGCGCUCCUCACCGCGCGCCCGGCGCUCGGCCUGCAGCCCGCCCUGGGCUUCAAGACCAAGGGCGUCCUCAAGAAGCGCUGCAAGGGCUGCUACCUGGUGAAGCGGCGCGGGCGCUGGUUCAUCUACUGCAAGACCGACCCGAAGCACAAGCAGAGGCAGCUGUAGAAGCCCUGCCCGGGGGGGAAGGCGCUGCCGCACGGCGAGGGCGAUGGCGCGCGGACGCCGGCAGCCUUCCGGCGCGCAGACCCCCUGCGGCUCACGUCCUCGUGGCCCGGGAUCCGACCAAGCCAGAGCCCCACCUGGGAUCGGCGCCCUCUUACCUCCAGUGUGAACUCACCUGUGUUGAUGCUCCGGCGGGCAGAUGGGCGUCGGGUGGAGGGAAAGCUGGCUUCCUCCAGUCAGAGGGCGUGUUCUUCCGAGGCUGCCCUGUUUCUGCUCAGCCACCCCCGCUGCGGCCUGUGGAUUGAGAUUCAUGCUCUCAGCAUGCCUGCCUCCAGGGUGAGCGGGGAGGGCUGCAUAACCAUCUGUGGGUCACGGAAGAGUGAACUCGUUUAUACCUACAUAAAUACAUUUUGGACGUUGA